AUGACCAGCGGCCCUGGAGGAGGAGGAGGAGGCGGGAGCGGGCAACAGCAGCAGCAGCUUAGCAACACGAGCAGCGGUAGUGUCAGCAACAACGGUGCCUCGGCAGCGGCAACCGUAAGCAGCAGCAACAGCGGUAAUAGUAGGAGCAACACGCCAGCCACAUCAACAUCAUCGACUGGAACUGGUACAGGAACUGGAGGAGGCGCCACAUCAACGCUCCAGCGUCGCAUUCUGCGCGGUCAUGCGGCACAGACCACCAGCGGCGAGCGUGUCCUACUCAUUAACUAUGUGCCGCAGUCGGGCACGGGAGCGGGAUCGGGAGCAACAGCUUCCGGAUCCGUAUCCUCCGUAGCCACUCAGAGCACAUCAACUCAAUUGCCCACCACCCGUAAGAUUCUCCAGGCCAGAGCCUCGGCGGCGGCAGCAGCAGCAUCAUCAUCCGGCGGGGGAGGAGGGACAACCUCUUGCUCCCCGCCAGCUGUCUCGUUUGCCGGCCUGGGCUCCGAGGUGACCGUCACCUUGACGCGCACUAAUCAGCGCGCCAGCGUGAGCAGUGUCACAGCCGCCGGUCAUAUUGUAAGGAACCAACAGCAACAAGCCAACACGUAUCAUCACCAGAACACGACCACAGCCAGCACAGCAUCGACUUCGACCGGGACAACGGCGGCUAUACAUGAGCAUAUAGCAACGUCAACAUCGCCGCCGCCUCUAGUAUUUACCCAUCACCCACAUCAUCAUCAUCAACAGCAGCAGCAGCAACAUGAGUACCACCAACACCAUCAGCUGGAACAGGAGCACAUAAUCAUAGAUCAUCAUCAGCAGCAGACGGAGGAUGACCAGUUGAUCGAGUACGUCGAUGAUGGCGGAACGAUCGAGGAGCAGCAUCAUCACCAGUUGCAGCUGCAGGAGGAGGAACAACAGCAACAACACCAGCAGCAGCAUCAUGACGUUGUCCAAGAGGUUUAUCUCCAGUAAGAGAGACAGAUCCGAUCCGAGAGUUAAGCAUUAGCAGGAUAAGUUUUUAGCCAUUUAAUAAGCCAUAGGUUUUGGAAAUUCCCAAAGUGUGUGAUGAUUUAAUUCAAAAUAUUGACCUUAAAUUGUUAAUUUUCUUAACAUUUUAAAGAAAUAUAAUGAUUCCGUGUAAUCAGAGCUACCACAGAAAUCGCAAACAAUUUGAAGUCUAAAAAAAAGACAAAUAUUUUGCAAAAUGUUAAUCAAAUUUAGCUUUUUAUAAAUUACUGCUCACACAUUUUGGAAAAAACCAAACAGAAAAAUAUUGUACAUAACUCCAAAUUUGUAUUUGAAACCUUACCAAUUUGUACAUAGUUUUCUCGGUAAAAAGUACAUAUUUUCCAUUGAAAAUAUAUAUCUAACAAUAUUUACAUAUAUAUAUUGAAGGCAAAUUCAAUUAAUUAGUGUUUAAAUAAAGAUUAUUUUUGUACCAUACACAAUUAAACCCAUAAUAUACAGAUAUCAAAAAUUCUAGUUGAGAAAAUAACUGCACAUAUUUAAAUAAUUAAUCACUGACAGUAGUUACUAGUGAUUAUUGUCAGUUUGCAGAUCAAAAAAACCUAAUAAUAAAUUGUAAUAUAUAUCGACUUCAAAUUAGAAACAAAAAGAAAUGUUCGCACAUAAAACGUAUUCAAUUCUGAUUGUUUAAAAAACUGUUGAAGAACGGAAGAAGGGCCCCUUAGAAUUAUCAAUGGGAUGGAUAUAUCCCAUCCGUAGGAAAACAUAUAUUUGUCAAGUAUGUAAACCCAGUAUUUUUGGGGCCAAGGCAAUAAAAGCGAGCCGGUUUUGUGUACUGAAAGUGAA